AUGAGCGAAACAGAGACCACCACGAAUGAUGGGAAACUGGUCAAGAGAGCGUGCACAGAAUGUCGGCAGCAGAAGGCGCGUUGCGAUGCAUACCUCGACCCUGACCAGCCGUGCACGAGAUGCCGGAAGAUGAACAGGGAGUGUAUCAUUUCCGAGCCUUUCAAACGAGAACACAAGCGCAAGAGACUCUCUGAGCUUGAGCAUCGGACGGACGAGCUUCAGGAGCGCCUCAGAUCGUCGAGCCACCAGGCCGAGGCGACGCCUUCUUUGCCACAGUCGUCUUGGGCCGCUGUUAAUGAUCUGCGGACGUCCAACGCCGAGUCCGAAAGUCGCCUGGCCUCGGUGGCGCCCUUCUUCAGAGACGCAGCCAUUGCUCCAGUCUCGUUUCGGUCGUUCUCUCAAGCGGCCGCCGAAUCACUACAGACUCCAGAAAGUCUCGCUCAUGACUAUCAACCUUCGGGCACCCUGCCACGGAGUCUGGAAGGGCAAUCUGUGGAUUCCAAAGAUAUCGACGCUAUGUUUCAGCUGUACUUCCGCGACUACGCCAGUCUCGUCCCUAUUCUCGAUCCUACGAUGCCCCCGAACGGAUCCUACAACCUCUCUCCGUUACUCUUCUGGGCGAUCAUCGGGGUCUCAUGCCGUACCUAUUCAAGGAACCCAACUCUCAUCUCUAUUUUGCCAUCCAAGAUCAAAACCAUGGCAUUGAUGUCGCUCAAUGCAACAGUCACCUUGCCCGUCGUGCAAGCGUUGCUUCUGAUCCUGUAUUGGCCCUUCCCGAAAGCAGGCAACGGACACGACAUGACCUACCCCCUCAGUGCUGCUAUGCUGCACAUGGCGAUGCAAAUCGGAUUGCAUCUCCCGGUCGCGAGUCACGAAUUCAGCAAAACCCCGGUCAAACUGACCGAGGAUGAACUGAAGAUCCGUGCUGAGACCUGGGGAUACUGUACACUUAUCUAUCAGCGUUAUUGCUGUUUCAAAGGAAGUGCGCCGACGCCCAUGCUCGAUGUCCCCCACGACCUCGAACAGCGACGAGCACUCUUCCAGAGGAUAUCAUCAAAGCUGAAGUUUGAACUGAAAUUACAGGAUGUAGUCACGAGGUGUUGUAUCGCCGUUUCGCAAAACGGGCUCUGGAGAGUCACGGCCGAUCAAGAAAGGUCGCUGGAUACGUUGUUGGAUAUCUUUCAGGCGCAGAUCUCCAGUGUCGCGUUGGAGUAUUCUUCUGACCUCGACCAGCUCUACGUCUACAUCGCGACCCUCACGAUCCAAGCCUUCAAUUUGUACAAGUCCCCGACGGCCCACGACCCGAGUACGCUUUACGAUCUCUGCGCGUCGUGCUGCCAGGUGAUUGAAACCUUCGACCACCUGGAUAAGUCCGGACAGGUGUGCAUGUCCGGCGCGGGUCUGUACUUCUUCUACAGUUUGAUGGUGACCUGCCACGUACUGCUGAGGUUGCUCAAGACCUCUCUCAGCCGGUACAUCGACGUCGAGCGGGCCAAGAGCGCCCUCUUCCUGGGUAUCAGCCUUCACAAACGCAUGUCGGUCCAGAAUGACGACCUUCCCGCCCGCAACGGUGUCGCCCUGACUCAGCUCUGGAAUAGUACUCGCGUCUUCAAGAGGCCUAAUGGAGCUGAGGUGGUGGCAUUGCGCAUCCGGAGCCGUCUCACCGGCAGCGUCGUCUUGGACGGCAUUGUCUGGUGGAGGGAAGAGUUCGGCGGGUUUAUGGGCAUCUACCCGCCUCCUCUAAGCGAUAAUCGGACAGAGGGCACCGAAGCCGCCAACGAGUCCAGUGCAGCUGGGGCUCAGGACGAUGCCUCGAUGCCCCUGGCAGCGAGACCGGAUUACUCGACCUUCUUGGACGAUCCGAUGCUGACCGAGUUCGGCUGGCCUGUCACCGACGACGUGUUUUCUUCGAUAUGGGCCGACGGUCCGAUGGCGCUUACCUCGAUAUGA